AUGCCCGCUGGCGCGACGCCGCCCCGCGGAGCGGCGAAGCCGCCAGGACCGCCGCCGGCGAAACCGCCGGGCACCCCGCCCCCUGCCGCCGCGGCUGCUUCGGCUGCCAGCGGCGCGGACCCCGCUGCCGCGACCACUCGGGCCCCCGGCAGCGAGGGCGACGAGGCAGCCUACGCCGAGGAAUGGGCUGGCUGGACGGACGGAAGCUGGUGGCGCCAGGAGAGUUCCAACUGGGACGGGGGCAGAGGACUCGACGCGGGCCUGUCCAAGACGGCGCCCAGCUACGAGCUGCUGAAGACCGACGGCUACCGAGUUCUCAGGCGAAAGCUAGAGGUCUUCGAGAGGUGUUGCCGCAAGCGCGGCACGACCGCCAUCAGCGAGGGAGCGUUUCUGGUCAUGAACUCGCUGCAAGGAGAGGCGGCUGAGGCUACGGAAGAGAUCGACCUGGACCUGCUAGAGACGGACGAGGCCUUCAGGCCGCUGUUCAAGGUCCUGGACGAAUACUACAAGUAUGAUAACCAGACUGAGCUGCCAGCCCGGACGGAUCAGUUCUUCGGCAGGUUCGCCCGCCAGGAGAAGGAAUCCACGAAGUUGUACUGCCUACGACAUCAGCGCGACAUAAGGAAGCUGAAGGAAGUAGGCAUGGAGAUCCCAGAUAUGCUAGCGGGCUGGCACCUCCUCACAAGAGCGGCGAUCCCACCGUCAGGUGCCGCCCAGGUUCGGAGUCAAUGCGUAGACGGCCUCAGUUGGCUGAAGGUGAAGAAGGCGUUGCUCGACACGUACGGAGCCGAGGGUCUGCCCGACAAGCGCGACGUCAAGCGAGUGGAGAAGAUGCUGCUCGGGCAGAAUACCAAGGACGAUGCUCACUACACGAACGAUUACGAGUGGGAACGAGGCCUGAGCUACGAAGACACUUUCGUGGAUGCCAAAAAGCGUGUGGCUGAGAUCGCGAAGUCCAGAGGCUUCUACCCGAUCGUCGCUGUGGCGCCCGACAACAACUACCCGUUCAAGUUCCCGAAGGCCCCUUUCACCCGCUCGCCGCCUGCAUCCAGUGCGGGAUCGACCGGGACGGGCUCGACCCAGCAGCACGGCCCGAGAUUCAAGAGGUUCCGCCACGGCGGGUUCAGCAGGCCAGAGACCGAGUCAGGUAACAUGGUCGAGGACGUCGAAACGUUGGAGUACGCGAACUCGACCGAGGAGGUGUUCCUGCUUACGGUCGGCAAGGGCAUCAGCGACGGAGGCGCCACACGGCCCGUCAUGGGCGACGAGGUUUGGGCGCAGUGGGAGGAGCUGCUUCGCGUGAAGCAGUUGCUGCACGAGGUCAAGUAUGAGAGGAGUGAUCGACGGUUCAGGUUCGGCGACGGUAAGACGCUCGAAGCGAAGGAAGCAGUGACGUUGGCGGCAUGGCCGUUCGGGAUCAAGAAGCAAGUCACCAUCCACCUCGUCGAGGGGUGGACGCCGCUGCUCAUCGCCAGGCCCUGCAUGGAGGAGCACGCUAUGAUGAAGGACCUUCCCGACAAGGGCUGGAUGAAGUCUGAACGAGAUGAGAAGGGCCACUUCAUCAUUGAUGUGUUGGGCAGCGCCGGGAAGGAAGCGGACGACGCCAUGAAUGAGGGCGCUCCCACGGACGGCGAGGAGAGCAGCGACGACUCGACGGACAAGGAUUCGGAGGGGAGUUCGGUGAAGGGGGAGACCGACGACGGCAGCGACUCGUCGGUGCCCGACGCCGACGCCUACUACCUCGAGACCGUCCCGGAGUUCUACGACAUCGGCAGCGACGACGAGGCGCUGACGACCGAGGGUUUCUUAGACAUGGACGCGGACACCUACUCAGACCUGAUCUUGGCCCUAGAGCAAGCGGAGACCGACAUGAAGGACACGUUUAGAGGACCCCGCGAGCGCGUGGUCUGGGAGGUCUUCGUGGACCAAGGGGCGCUGUCGGAGGAGCUGCUGGAGUUCCCGCAGGUCAAGGUGAUCCAGUUCAGCAUGGCUGACGGCUGGGACUUUUCCAAGCCCAACGUGAUUCGCAGCUUCUUGAGUAAGAUCGAUGAGGAGAAACCCGAUGACAUCUUCUUCGCACCCCCAUGCAGGAUAUGGCGUUCGUGGCAACAUGUCAAUGAGAAGUUGUCGGAGGAACACGCGAAGGAGAUCAACCUCACCCGGCAGAGAGAGGAAAAGACGUUCCUCAAGAUGGUUCGAGAUUCGUUUGUGAAGCAGCAGAACGGUGGACGUCAUGCGCAUGUAGAAGGCCCGUGGCAAGGGCUACACUGGCAGACCAAGACCUGGCAGAAGCUGCCUGGAUAUCACUGCCGGCUCGACCAGUGCAGGUUGGGCGCGAAGUUCGAGAUCAAGGGUAAGUUCAUGCCGUACCAGAAGCCCACACGACUCCAGUCCACGAACAAAGAGUUUGUUCACCACAUGAACAUGAAAUGCAGCUGCACCGAGGAGCACGUGGUUUUGCGCGGCAAGCUUGCCCAGCAGGCUCAAAACUACCCGAGACCGAUGGCGCGAAGGAUGGCCUACUUGAUCGCCUAUCAGGGCAUGGCCGAUGACAUUGAAGAUAUCAACACCGCCGAGGAGGUCUCCAAGGAUAUCGACGCCAUCGAGUACACCGACGUGAUGCAGGAGCUGAUGAAGCGUUUCAACGUGUCGACGAUCAGGGCGGUCAAGCGCGCUCACAUCAGCCUGGGCCACCCUUCCAACGCGGCACUGGCUACCGCCAUGAAGCACGCGAAGGCCCCGGCCGAGUGGCUCCAGUGUGCCAAGCUCUUCCAGUGUGAAGUGUGCCUGAGCAGGCAACGACCUCGAGCAGUGCGCGUAGCUGUGCUGCCGAAGGCUAAACGGUUCAACGAGGUCGUGAACACCGACGUCUACUACGUCACCUGGAAGAACAAGGAGCGAAAGAUCUUGGCCAUGAUGGAUGAGUUUACGCGCUACGAGGUGGACUACCCGAUCGCGAAGGAGACUUUCAAGAAGGAGGUGAAGCUGUUUCAGAAAGUGUGGAUCAGCUGGGCUGGCAAGCCCGACACCAUGAGGAUGGACAUGGCAGGCUCGCACACGCCAAGAAAGAUGCACCAGUGGAUGAGUAAGCACGACAUCGCGCUCGACCUGACCCCGAAGGGCGCGCACCACAAGCUCGGACUCAUGGAGCGCAACCAUGCGGCCAGGAGGGAGCAGCUCAGCAAGUACCACCUGCAGUUUCCCGACGACUCGCUCAAGACCGCGCUCAGGAUGACCGCCAGCCAGCGGAACAUCUUACGCAACGUGCACGGGUAUUCGCCCGCGACGCUGGUGCUGGGCACACAGCCCAAGGUGCCUGGCGCGCUGUGCGACGAGGACUUCGGCCUGGCGGAGCAGGCCGCGCUGGUCGAUCCCAAGAGCGAGGUGCACGAGAUGAUGGUCAGGCGCGCUGCGGCGGGGACGGCAUUCAUCGAGGCCAACUGUUCUCGUGCCGUGCGAGCUGCGCUGUUGGCGCGCAGCAGACCGACACGCCGCGAGUACCAGAUCGGCGAGUGGGUCUACUUCUGGCGACCCGAGAUGUCGACGGGCAUGGAGAAGUGCCACUGGCAUGGCCCGGCGCUGGUGGUGGCGGUGGAGUCGAAGGUCAACGAGGACGACGUGAUGCACACGUCCGUGGUGUGGGUCACGCACGGGUGCACGAUCUACCGAUGCACGGUGGAGCAGCUCCGUCCCGAGCUGUCCAGUGAGACCCGGGAGAGAGAAGGGCGACGCGAGGACCCAGACAGCCCACUCAGCACCAUCGAGAAGCUGAGGAGGGCGCUCAGGCGGACCAAAGGUACCUGCAGCUUCAGUGACCUCGCCGAGGGGGGCCAGCGGCCCCAGUACGACGACGCCCUGGACGACAUGGGCGCACAGAGCAGCCCGGCGCCCAGGGACACCCCGAUGGAGAUCCUGUUGGACAAGAACGAGAGGAGCCGAGUGGAGCGGCUGCCGCGGCAGCUCCCGAGGCCCACCAGCCAUUUGAGGCUGACGAGGAGGCGGCUCCAGAACCCGCAGCUGCGGGGGCCAGCGCUGCGCGAGAGCGCGGCAACGCCGCGAGGGAGCCGAGCAGAGCCCACCUCGAGGGCAGGCUUACACCCCGAGGAGCGGGAGCAGUUCUACGCAGCCAAGCUGGAGGCCCUCGAGGUGUUCAACAAGAAUGACGGCUGGGAACCCAUCGACAAGGCGGAGGUGGACCCAGCGGCGUGCUGCCCGCUACGCUUCCUACUGAAGUGGAAGGUGAAGGACGGGCAGCGAGUGGCCAACGCUCGAGUGCUCUACCAAGGUUUCAAGCACCGCGACGUGGCCGAGAGCCAGCUUGACAAGGAGGCGCCCACUUUGAGCAGGCCGGGCCGACACACGGUCAUGCUGUGGGCAUCCUUGAGGAAGUGGAGACUGUUCGCUGCGGAUGUGAAGUCCGCAUUUUUACAGGCCGAGGACGUCAGUGUUCGCGGCAUCAAGCUGUACGCGAGCCCGACAAAGGAGAUGAGGGACAUGCUUGUACACCAGAUCGGCCUGCAGCCUGGACAGUUGCUGAAGAUGAUCAAGCCUUGUUUUGGGGACCCGCGGUCGCCCAAACUCUGGCACUACCGCUCCGACGAAGUCACGAGGGAGAUCGGGUUCAGGAAUCACUGGCUCGAGGAUUGCUUGCUGCUGUCCUUGCGGGCCGCGCGACCCUCGGACGACCCGUUCGACGCGUGCAGUUUCGACGGCCAGACGUUCGUGGUGGACGGGCUGAUCGGCAAGCACGUGGACGACUUCAUCGGCUGCGGCGAGAACGUGAGUUGCGAGGAUGAUCUAUACGCCAAGCUGGACGACACCGAGUGCUUCCAGGCGCGGCUGGGCAUGCUCAACGAGAAGUUCAAGUUCGGCAAGUGGGAGUUCGGACCGAGUCUAGUCUUCACCGGCGGCGAGGUGGAGCAGUCCCUGAGCACCCACGCGAUCACCAUCAAGUUCGAGAAGUACCUGCACGCGGUGAAGCCCAUCACCGUGGAGAAGCACCGGCGGGCAGAUCCCACCAGCGCGCUGUCGCCGAAGGAGCUCGCGAAUUUCAGGACCCUGAACGGCCAGCUACAGUGGCCGGCAGCCCAGGCUGUCAUCAUCGCGGCGGCGACCGUAUCGUUCAGAGCCGCAGCGACUGGCCACGCGACAGUGCAGGACUUGCUGGAUGCGAACAAAGAUUUACGGCUCCUGAAGGCCAACGCGGAUGUGGGACUGUACUUCGGCUUCGACAGGCCGUGGAGUGAGUUGCGCGUUGGAGGCUACUCAGACGCGAGCUGGGCCAGCCGACCUGACGGAAGUUCCCAAGGAGGCUAUCAGAUCUUCGUCGGACCCGAGGACGAGCUCAACGCCGGCACCCCAACACCGUUCGUGGCCAUGGAGUGGGCCUCGAAGAAGCUGGUGCGGUUGUGCAGGAGCUCUCUGUCCGCCGAGGCACAAGCCGCGGCGCUGGGAGCCGACUCGCUGAUGUGGGUGAAGGUCUUUUUGGCCAUGAGUCUGAGGCCUGACCUCGGACUUGACACCGCCAUGACAUACCUCGGAGAGUCGCCGUGCAUCACAGACGCGAAGUGCCUCUACGACGCCGCCUCGCGGUCAGCGACGGCAGGAUUGGGCAUCGCAGAGAAGAGAACAGCCAUCGAGGUGAAGAUCGUGAACGAGCAGCUGGCAGAGGUCAACGCUAGGUGGAAGUGGGUGAACACCCAGCAGCAGAUGGCAGAUGGACUCACCAAGCUUUCGGCGCGCCAGAUGAUGGCGGAUGUGCUACGCCGUGGAGUUCACGCCUUGCGCUACGACCCCGACUUCGUGGCCGGCAAGAAGCUCACUAAGCGCGCGAUGGAGCAACGCGAGAAGGAGCUGGACCAGGCAGGAGAAGAGUUGCUCGACACCUUCGAGAAAGAACCCGCGGCGAAGGCGAAGGCUAAGGCCAGGACGCGCCAUUUUGGCGCGAGUGGAGCUCGUUUGGCAGCUACGUUGGCAGCUUCGGGAGCGACUGGCUCUGGAGCUGAGGUGGUACAGUAUACGCCCAGCGGCGUCGAGCUGUUCCACCCAUCGACCGACGACGGCUGGGACAACCUGCUGGCGAGGUUGGCUAUGUUCGGAUUCCUGACGGCGAUGCUCAUGGCUUUUGGCUGUGGGUUCUGGGUCGGCACCUGCUGGACGCGCUGGACUACGACGAGCGCUGAGCAGAAGAGCAUCAAGCUGCGUGAGCCUGAGACCGAGCCGACGGAGAAGCACUACGUCGAGGGGACCGAGAAGAUGACGACCGGUGUGAACACCAAGCAGCCACGCCAGAAGAAGGUGCGCCACAUGAUGUGUCAGGCGCAGUGCCGUUACAACCAGGACACGCAGACGCCAAGGUUCCAGCCGCUGCCCGAGUACGCGCACGGAGCUUUCAUGG